AUGUAUAGUUUUAUGUCCAAACAAAAGGACACUGAGGAUGAAGUGUUUUGGUUUAUCCAUUCAUUCAUUUCCGCAUAUUUCAGUUUUGUGCCAAACCUUACCACUCUUCUUCUUCUCUCACCAUAUUUUCACCAAUUCCAUAUUCAUUCACUGCACCUUGGGGCUAAAAUCCAUAGCCACAACUUCCCUUUUGCUUCUUUCAUUCAUUUCUACAGCCAUCAAACUCAAUCAUACUUUAUGGAAGCUGUAGAGGCAAAAUCUUCAUCUGGGUAUGGAAAGCCGCCAUGGGUAUUUAGAGGCAGUGCCUGGUAUCAACUCGAUCUUGUGAAGGCAGAGAAAGCUCGAGCUUACAUUCCAAAAGAAUUCAAAUUGGUUGAAGCUUUUGGGUAGGUGCUUCAACAUAUCCUAUGGUGUCUUUUAUUGAAAGUCGCUUUAGAAGGGUCACUAGAAAAAUGAGAAUAUAUUUUAUCACUGAUUAGUUUUCCAAUUGCCCCUGAGAUUAGUUUGUGCAGUUAGAAGACCAAGUGAUUUUCUGCUUAUUUAUUUCCAAGUUUAAUCAUACUCUCUUGCCUUCAAGAAGAAACAAUUCAUCUUUUAUAUAUAAUGUGUGAAAAAUAUUUGGUUGGAAUUA